AUCAAUUUGAAAUUCAUUUAGGAGUUGAUCUUGAGAAACCUCUUAUGUGUUUGUGAAUAAUAAAGUUUUAAUGGUGGUUUUUGUUUGGGAAUAUUAUUAAAUUAAAUUAUUGAUUCCCUUUCGUUGGACCAAACCAUUUCUACUUCCGGUAGAUGUCAUCAUGGCUGACAAAAUAGACUUUUCAGAGGUUCACAAUCUUGGUGGAUAUGGAUCCGAGUUUGAUUCUGAAGUGGAGUCUGAACAGAACAGGAAAAAAUAUAAAGGUUUACUACCUAAGAAAAAGAAGGGUACAGAUGGUGUAGCUAAUAAAAGGAAUGUAGAAGAAGAAUAUACCAAGGAAGAAGGCAAAGUCCACAGACAACAGCUUUUAAGCUUAGAUGCUUAUGCUCGUCAUAAACAGUUUGUGAAUAACUAUAUGUUAUAUUAUGGUGGUAAUAAACAAGAGUUCAAGAGAGACACCUCUAGAGAUAAAAGAGAUAGUGAUGUGAUCAGAGAAAAUCACCAGUUUUUAUGGGAAGAUGAGGAUGAUGAUUCACAGUUGUCAUGGGAAAGAAGAUUAGCUAAGAAAUAUUAUGAUAAAUUAUUUAAAGAAUACUGUAUAGCAGAUUUAGCAAGAUAUAAAGAAAAUAAGUUUGGAAUGAGGUGGAGAAUUGAAAAAGAAGUUUUUGAAGGCAAAGGUCAGUUUAUUUGUGGUGCAAAGAAAUGUAAUGAGAGAGAAGAUUUAAGAAGUUGGGAAGUAAAUUUUGGGUAUAUUGAACAAGGAGAGAAAAAGAAUGCUCUGGUGAAGUUAAGAUUAUGUCCGGAUUGUUCUUACAAGUUAAAUUAUCGUAAUAAGAGGAAAGAAGUUAAACCCAAGAGAUUACAAUCUAAACCACUGAGUAAAAAACAUAAAAAACAUAAAAAACAACACAAAAAACAUCACAAGAAACACAGAUCAAGGGAUUCAGAUUCUGAUGAUGAUAGAUCUAGUAAAUCACAGGCUAAAGAAGAAGCAACAGAGACUAGUAAAUCAGACAUUAUAGAUCAAUCAGUAUGGAGUGGUCCAGCUAAAUUAACUGAAGAAAAAUCAAGGGGUGAAGAAUUUGAUGAAUAUUUUGAUAAUAUGUUUUUAUAAAGAAAUAUUUAUUUAAAGAAUUUAAAGAAUUACGAGUGUUAAAAUUCCUAUAUUGGAUUUUUUUUAAUAUGUUAACUGUGAUAUCAUUGUCAUUAUGUAUAUUAUCAUCUACCAUUAUGUCUAUUAUUAUCAUGCACCAUUAUGUAUAUUAUCAUGCAUCAUGAUAUAUAAAUGUAUAGUCAUUGAAUGUUAAAACAUCAAUAAAGAAGAAA